CAACUGAUCGGUCAUGUCAGAUGUAACUCUAGAAUAAGCAAAAUACAAGUUGCUCUGUUUACACGAUUCCUACUUUUGCCUUCAAAAUUGUUCGUAAGCGAAGAAACAACAUUUAUCAACGAUGAACCAGCAGUGUCGGUUUUGCUGUAAUUCCGAAGCCAUUGAGAUGUAUUCCCUAUCGGAUGCGUUGAAUGAUGGCAAAUCAAUAGCUCAAACCAUUGAGGAUUGCUUUCGAGUCUCGAUAUCCGAUGACGAGCUGUCCAGUUUAUGUUGUGUGGACUGUAGCCAGGACCUGAUCGUUGCAAUGAAGCUGUUGACCAGAAUUUACGAGUCUGGUGUCCGAUUUAUUUCGCUUGAACUUUUGACGAAAGAAAAGAGUCAAUCUAUUGAAGAUGAGAACCACUUACCGUCCAAUUUUAUCGCAGAAAAGAAUAUCAAACUAGAGUCAAAAGAACCAAUCACUGAAUGCAUAACGGAAUUUUCACCAGCUAAAAAAAUCGUCAAACGGGGACGAGGAAGACCAAAACACGUAAAGGUCGAAGAGAACUCCCCUGCUGAAUCACAAACUCCUUAUGAAGCUUCCAACACGUUACCUAACGCUGCCAAGAAGCAGAAACAGGACGAAAAUGCAGAUUUUUCUGCAGAAUCAGAGGAUGACGAUUUUGAGCCUGAUGGCGGACAUAAGGACAGUUCCUCGGAAGAACCGCCGGGGGCGUCACGAUCCUUUUAUGGGGUCAAGUCAAACUCAAAACCAAGGAGAUGUUGCAGCUGUAAAGACUUUACACUGGAUUCGAUGGAAAAGGUGAAGGACCAUUCGAAAAAGUAUCAUUUUAGACCGGUAGAGUCUAAAGAGGAGAUUAGCAAAGCGUUUGAGUGCUUGGUUUGUUUUGCGAGAUUCGAAACUAAGAAGCAGUUCCGGCAGCACGAGCGAAAAAUGUACGUUGAAGUGUUGCAUUCUUGUAAGCACUGCGAUGAGCAGUUUGCCAAUCCCUACGUACUGCAGACACAUCUGAAAAAUAGCCACCAACGAAGGCUGAAGGUUCAUCAGAUGGAGGAUAAGUGUAUGCAGAGUAACAUUUGCUGUGGCUGUCGGAAGCAGUUCGAAUCUCAGGAACAACUAAAGGAACACUCCUUGCAGGUUCACUUGCCCCAGCGGGAACCUUCUCAAAUUGAGACCGCAGUGGAAUGUGACACCUGUUACAAGAGUUUCAAAUCGGCUAGAUAUCUAAAAGAUCAUAAACUGCGAUUUUGGAAGGAGAAGAAAUUUGUUUGUUCGCAGUGUGGACGUGGGUUUUGUAAGCCAUCGCAACUGGAAGAUCACGAGGAUGCUCACCGAAACAUAUGCAAGUACGAAUGUCCAAUUUGUCAUGAAAAGUUUUCAAUGAAGGCUUACUGGCUAGUUCAUAUACGAAAUCACAAUUCCGAAGAAAGUUUUCACUGUGAGUAUUGUGGCAAGGGAUUCCGGCAGAAAAGUCUUCUCAAGGGUCACAUGCGCGUUCAUUCCGAAGAUCGUCCACACAAAUGUCCGAUGUGUCCGCUUUCGUUCACGCUGAAGAACCGAUUCGAUGCCCAUGUGCUUGAGCACGCAGGUAUGAAAGCCUUCAAGUGCCAACAGUGUUCCGCUUCGUACAUUCAUCAGCGAGCUCUGCGACGGCACGUGCGUGAAAAGCACGAAGGAGACUUCACCUACAGCUGCACAAUCUGUCCAAAGGGAUUCGUCGAGUUGAAGCCGCUUUUGGUGCAUUUAAAGACCCACGAAAAAAGUAAUGAGGCGUCGAUUGUUUAAUAAAACUUCCUAUUUUAAAAAACUUUUAUUUGAAAAAACUACAAAAUCUUAUGAAAAGGAGAAGAAAUAAAUCCAUUUGAGCUAAA